UACCGAGUUUUCGUGGGCGCUGUGGAACGCUGCGCUGGGUUCGUUCUCAUGGCAACGGCAAGAGAACCGGCUACGACGCGGAAUUAACCUGGGUUAAUCCAACGUCAGGCAGAUACUUUUUGAGGACUUACUCUAUGAGUGGAGGAAGUGUCAUAGAGCUGAAAUGCACAGACCUGAGAGGACACGGUGCCACUGAUAAAGUUGUUAGCGACUCUCCACAUAAUGGCAGCACACCAUGGCUCAGAACUUUUGCAUUCUCUGUUUUAAGUCACCAUGAUGACCUUAUACCUGUGGAAGAUGAUACUGAAAAUGACUCAGAAGUUGGAUCAGGAGCCACCAAUCAGACCAUAUUCCUACAUGGAACAGUGUCAGUGCAAACAGCAACAUACCUCACGAGUCCAUGGCUGACGCGUUUUGUUCCUUCAGUUUACACCUUAGUGCUUGUGCUGAGUCUCCCUCUGAACAUUACAGCAAUACUCAUAUUUCUGAAAAAAGUGAAAAUUGAAAAGCCAGCAGUAGUGUACAUGCUGAAUUUGGCUCUGGCAGAUGUCCUAUUUGUCAGUGUGCUUCCUUUCAAGAUUGCUUAUCACUUUUCUGGAAAUGACUGGGUUUUUGGAUCUCAUAUGUGCCGUUUCAUCACUGCUGCCUUCUACUGUAACAUGUACUGUUCAAUAAUGCUUAUGACAAGCAUAAGCUUCGAUCGCUUCUUAGCAGUGGUGUAUCCCAUGCAGUCUCUUGGAUGGCGUACAUUAACACGUGCCUCACUGGUUUGUUUCAGCAUAUGGCUUGUAGCAAUAACUGGGGUUGUACCUUUUCUCAUCAGAGAGCAAACAAUGGAAAUACCCAAGUUAAAUAUAACCACUUGCCAUGAUGUGUUAAAUGAAUCUGAACUUCAUGGCUAUUACCUCCACUUCUUCUCCAUCUUCUCUUCUGUGUUUUUUGUAGUGCCAUUUUUAAUUUCUACUGUCUGUUAUGUGUGUAUCAUUCGAUGUCUUAGUUCUUCUACAAUUGUUGCGAAACAAAAUAAGAAGACACGUGCCUUGCUCUUGUGUGUGGCUGUUUUUUCUGUAUUUGUUCUUUGCUUUGGACCAACAAAUGCCCUCCUGUUAAUUCACUAUAUCCAUUUUUCCUAUGACAACAGCUUAGAGUAUCUCUACUUUGCCUAUCUACUUUGUGUUUGUAUCAGCAGCAUUAGCUGUUGCAUUGACCCCUUUAUUUACUACUUUGCCUCUUCUCAGUAUCAGAGACAACUUUUUAGUCUCUUCAAUUGUAAAAAGACUUUGGAUCCCAACUGUAGUAGCAGUGGCCAGUUGAUGUCUAGCACUAGUAGAAGGGCUACAUGCUCUACUAACAUGAAUAACAGCAUCUACAGGAAAUUACUAGCAGUGCAUUGA